UUCACAUCUCAGUCCUGCAGAUGGCAGUAAUGCAGUAAGAGUGCAAGCUACCCAUACACUCAACAGUAGAAGAAGACUGGAAUUAAGCGGGACUUUGCGCGAGUUUAAAUCGAGUAAGGAUUUUUGUUAUUGUGCUUGAAGGACAACAUUCGAACAGGAAUGGGGUCACAAGACGAACUUCACGACUUGGAAGAGUCCCUUAACUCGUUGGUUCAACUAAUCAAUAGCAGUCAUGUUGAGGAAGGAAUGCAAGGUAUACGAGGUAAAGUACAACAGCUGUAUGAUCACCACAUCGACACAGAAAAGACCACAACCCAGCUCCUAAACGACCUUAUCCAGUCGGAGGAAAGAGUUGGACAAACGCUUCUGGAUCUGGAGAGCCAUAGAAAUAAGAGAACGGAGGAACUAGAAAUGCUUCAGCAUGAAAUCCAAAAGAAGCAAACCCAAAGCAUGAAUCUGGAGUCAGAGAUGCAGUUCCUGCAGAGGGAGCUAGAGCGCUUGCGUGAGUCGGAGCAGGAGAUGCAGGCCAUGCAGCAGGAGGUGGAUGAGGACACCACAGAGGUUAUCCCCUCUGCCAUAUACCUUGCUCAGCUCUACUACAAGGUCACUAAGAUCAAGCUGGAGAUGGAUGGGGAUCCAAAAAUUCUAAAAGGAGUUCACUAUGGGAAAGACCUGGUUACCCCCAUCAACAUCGACACCUCCCAGCUCUCACCAUGUGCUGUCAGUGAUCAACUAUGGAAUCUUGUCAGCACUGAAUGGAACUAAUUUUGUCUGAACUUUGUCGUCUCUGAUCUGUCUGUCAUGUCCAUUGUGUCCUUUUUCUUUGUUUUUAAUGUGAAAUAAAUGUCACAAAAGGUCUA